GAAAAAUUUUCUCACCCUAGUAAAACGUUUUUUUACCAUAGAACUUUGCUACUGAGGCUGUGUACAAACCGGUAACUUUUUCUCCGGGGUGAGACGGGGUGGAAACAUUUACUAUGGUGUACGAAUAAAUUGAAUUUCGCUGCAAAGUAAAAUUUGGACAGUUGAAAAACAUCAAACGCUCAUGCGAAAGCUCUGUUAUUUGCGUUUUGCUGAAAUUGUUAAAGUUUAUAUUCAUUUUAUAACUUGGAAGUAACGUACGCUUGUUUAUGCUACAUUCAGCUUCCAUUUUGAACUUGACCCUAUACUACCGACAAAUAAUGUUAUGUGAAUACAUAUUAAGAAGCUGUCAAAAUUUUACCUAGCCCCAUGAGCUAGGUAAAAUUCUGGCGUUCGUAUUCACCACGAGAAAUGUUAAAGUUUUGGUUUGAUCCCUCAAAAUUUCAUACAUGACUGGCAGAGGCCCUAAAUAAGAAAAUAGUCGAAUCGGACGUUCUCGAUUAAUCGAUUCAAACUAUGGUGAAAUAAGACAUAACCGGUUGUCUUAUUACUUACUUAAUUUCGUACUUUGGUCCUUCAAAAUGCAACCAUGUGGGAUUCUUGCAAAAUACCGUUAUUGGAACCGCUUGUCAAAUUUAUGUAUUGCAUUUUUGUUUUUUGUGUAAACUUAGAAUUGAAUAUGAAAGCAUAUUUAGAAAAAUAAUAGCAAUUAAACGGGGACAAAUUUACCAAGAACGGCAAAUGGAUAACAUUAAAACGCCAGAGGCGCUUGAUUGCAGCUAUGCAAGUCUGUGUUGCUACUCGCCGGUGAUUCCAUUUACCGGGUUUGGCGUCCUUGGUGUUACCUGGACAGGAGCGGCAUCAGCUGCUGCAGCUGCUACAGAAACUUUGGAUGCGUCUAUCUUUCCUCCAUAUUCAAAUUCCGUCGAAUUGUUUACGAAUCGGCGAAUAGAGAAAUCCCACUGGAUAUGCGAUUAUUCCGACGAUAUUUUCCAAACGUUGCGCGAAACAGAGUUACGCCGAAAUGUUUUAAGUUUUCAAUCGGAACAAUGUGGUUUUCGACCGGUAAUGUUGCGUUUAUUGAAGGUGGCGACAGAAGUGCAUCAACUUUCGCGAACAACUUUACAUUUAGCGCUUUACUUGUUAGAUGGUUUCAUGGACAAUUACACCAUUCGAACAGAAAAACUAAAUUUAACAGCAAUGACAUGUUUAAUAGUAGCUGCUAAAAUUGAGGAAGCCGAUAUUAAUGCACCAAAAUUUGCUGAGCUCAAUAAGUUAGUUGGUGAUGUUUACACAUUGGACGAUUUCCGCAAAGCCGAAAUGAAGGUUUUAAUGCUAUUUCAUUUCGACUUGAUUCGCCCGACAACGGCCACCUUUGCUGAGUAUUUUGCUAAUAACAUCAUAACGCUGGACGAUUUUCAUUUAUAUUUGCAAAAUUGGCAUGGUGGCAUGUCCGAUUUUCGUACCAUAUUGCAGCAUCAACAACUGAACGAUGCAACACCUGACAUAGUACCACCUUAUUACCGUACUUAUGAAGAAAUGGCUACAGUUUUAAGCAAGUUAUUGUUUAAUCUUGUAGAUGAGACUUUGUGCUGUACGGUUACCAAUCAUAUUUUAAAGUUUAAAUUUUUUUUUUAUUGGCAGUUUGUUUUUGCAGAUAUCAAGUUCGUCAACGCCAGACCAUCAAUAAUUGCUGCAUCUUGUAUUGCAGCUGUGCGGCAUCUUUCCUUCGUAACGCCUCUUUGGACGCCUUAUCUUGUAAGUGUAACUGAAUGUACGCAGGAUAUGAUCGAACCUUGUAUGGAAGCUAUAAUUGCCUUGCAUAACUUACAUAUAAGUAAAGUGCAAGCAAUGCUAUACGCAGCGGCUAAACUAUCGAACGCAGGAGCCACUCUAUGUGAUAGUCCGGAGUCUGGUUUUGUAUCUAUAAGCGAUAUGAAAUCUGAAUCGUCGGAAAAUGAAAGUGACCUUGGUGAAUGCAAAUUUCCCCAAACCGAAUGUACGGUAGUUCUAGGCAAGAGGUCGCGUUCAGCGGCGUUCAGCGAUGAAAGUGACGACGGGCAGGAGAAUACUUCGUGUUUGAGCCCUAAUUUCCCGUUGUUGGGAAAACGUAGGCGAAUGUUGGAAAACGAUGAUGGUGUUAUUUAGCUAUAAAUUAUAUUGGGGUUUGUCUUCAAUAGUAAGUUUUUCUUAAAUACUUCUUAAUUUUUUUUAGUUAUUUUCUUUCUUCUCUCAUAUUGAAUAUUCUUGUUAUGUUAAACAGAUACAAAUGUAUGUAUAUUCCUGGCCGUUACUGUGGUUUGAAGUUUUGGUUAAACCUAUGCAAAAAAUUGCAAUAAAAAGAAAAAAACAGAUUGUACAAUGGAAAUAAAAUAUACCAUUUCAGAAGCUUCUUGGGAUUUGUUAAUACAUUUUUUUUUAAAGAAUAUUUGCUUAUUGGAUGCCUUUUAACCUAAUCAAGUUUUGGGUUUCAAGACAACUAUUCAAAUUAUAAAGUAUACAUACUAUAUAUGUAUAUAUGUACUUCUGAACCCUUAACCUGCAUAACUUAAGUUACAUGAUUUAUAUAAUUCAACUCAGCAGAAAAAUCGUAAAAAAUCCAAGGUUUCAGCAGUCGGUUUCUUCGACUUCAUCCCGGGUGGAUUUUAGUCUUAAAAAUAUUCGAGUAGGUUCUGCAAUUCACUUCCGAGUGAAUUUCAACCCCUGCCAA